AUGGGCAGCCCGACGGGAAGAACCCUGCCUUUCUUGCUCAUCCUUCUGCACAUAUAUCUACAUGGAACUUUGUCGCAAGCAACCAGCCCUGUGGGGCAACGAAAACCAUUUUUUGAGAGGCUCCGUAGACUAGAAGAGCAGUUUCAGAGGUUCCAAGAGGUGACCCUGACGCACCUGCAGGGCAUCGCCAGCCACUACAACCUGUCCUUCGACGUUGAGGCCCGGUUCCGGAGCCUGGCCCGUGAGAGCCAGGCCGUGGCCCUGGUGCUCAACCAGUCGCAGGUGGCCAUGCAGGGCGAGCUGGGCCACCUCCAGACCUGGGUGCGGAGGACGCAGCGCCGAGGCCGGAAGGCGGACCGCAGGCUGCUGGCCUUGAGUGCCGCCGUGAGCGAGGGCAGCGCACGGUGCGCCCGGGAGCAGGAGACACAGGGGGCUGCUAUCUCCGGCCUGGCCCGGGACGUGCAGGCCCUGCAGGACACACUGCUCCGCCUGACGCCCCUCGUCCAGAGCCAGGGCACCAGGCUGGCCGCUCUUGAGGGCCAGCUGCGUGUGGCCGGCCCCAGCCCCGCUGCCCCAAAGGUAACCCUGGCCCCAUCUAGGCCGUUGAACUGGAGCGCCCUGCAGCUGCAGGGGGGCAGGCAGGCAUCCAGAGCUCCGUCUGAGCCCCGGGACCCACCUCCAGACUUCGCUCACCAUCUUCAGGGAGCACAAGAGCCCCUGGGUCUAGGCAACCAACAGGCGUGGCCCCCCAAGAGCCCAGGCGAGGUUUGCAACGUGGGCCCUGCGCUCAUCUUCCCAAACUCCUCCACUGCGAAUGUGGGCUUCCUCCGCCCCAGUUUCCUCACGGGUCUGCGGGCCCUGUCCAUCUGCAGCUGGGUCCGCACGGCCGCAGACCACCUGGGCACCCUCCUGUCCUACGCCACUGAGGAAAACGACAACAAGCUGGUUCUGCACGGCCGCGACUCCCUGGCCCCUGGCUCUGUCCACUUUGUGAUCGGAGACCCGGCCUUCAGGGAGCUGCCCCUCCAGCCACUGCUCGAUGGCCAGUGGCACCACAUGUGUGUCAUCUGGACGUCCAUCCUGGGCAGGUACUGGCUCCACGUGGACCGAAGGCUCGUGGCCACCGGCUCCCGCUUCAGGGAGGGGUACGAGAUCCCCCCAGGAGGGUCCCUCGUGCUAGGCCAGGAGCAAGACCGCGUGGGGGGCGGGUUUGACAGCUCGGAGGCCUUUGUGGGGAGCAUGGCAGGCCUGGCCAUAUGGGACCGCGUGCUGGUCCCUGGGGAGGUUUCGAACCUGGCCAUGGGGAAGGCGCUCCCGACAGGUGCCAUCCUGACACUGGCCAAUGCCACAUCGGUGGGCGGAUUCGUGCAGAGGGUGAACUGCACCUGCCUACAGCUGUGUCCUUGA